CAGUACUUGAAAAUGCUGAGACCACGAAACCACCUUUAGUUACCUCCGCCAUGGCAAGCCUGUUAUCUUCAGGAGUUCUCCUCCGGCGCAAUCCGCACAUCCUCAAAUUACCCCCAUACCUGUCCUUUCUUUGCGUAUUGAUCGGGGUUGCAUGGCUUCUAGUCUUGCCCUUGGACAACUACUCACGAAAUACAUACAUCUCCGAAAACGCCCUUCUGCCAGGUCAGGUCCAUACGUAUUUUGCCGGAAGCGACCAGAAUGUGUUCAGAGGUUACAAGCGCGAGAUUGAUGCAUUGGAAGAUAAGCCUAAUAUUGAAGUGAAUGAUAAAUUGGAGGAAAUUCUCAAAGCUUCCGGUUUAAAGGUUGCACGACAGAGCUACGAGUAUAAAUCUGCGGGCCAGACAUACACGGGGGAGAAUAUAUAUGCUAUUCUCCAUGCACCGAGAGGAGACGCCACGGAAGCCAUUGUGCUUGUUGCUGCCUGGAAGAAUAUGGAGGGGAAACUUAACCGUAGCGGGAUACCUCUUAUUCUGACUCUGGCACGGUACUUCAAACGUUGGUCUUUAUGGUCUAAAGACAUUAUUUUCUUGGUGACAGCGGAUAGCACAGCGGGGCCGCAGGCCUGGGUUGAUGCAUACCAUGAUACUCACCAAUCUCCUGCCAUCGAUUCGUUGCCCCUUAAGAGCGGAGCCUUACAAGGUGCGAUCGUCAUUGAUUAUCCGUUCGAUCAUCGAUUCCAUUCUCUCCACAUUGCCUACGACGGUAUCAAUGGCCAGCUUCCGAACUUGGAUCUUCUCAAUACCGUAGUAUCUAUUGCGAGCGGUCAGAUGGGUAUCGGAGUCUCUCUACAACAGAUGUGGCAGCAUUCAGAUAGCUACCAGGACAGACUACAAACGAUGCUUCGAGGUAUGAUGAACCAAGGUUUAGGACAUGCCUCAGGGCCACAUAGUAGCUUUAUCCCAUAUCACGUUGACGCUAUAACUCUGCAGCCAUUCGGCGACGGUUGGCAAGACGAGAUGGCGAUGGGGAGGGUCAUUGAAAGCACUUUUCGAAGUCUGAAUAACCUGCUUGAGCAUCUACACCAGAGCUUCUUCUUCUACUUGCUUAUGCAGGCAAACCGCUUUGUUAGCAUUGGGACUUAUCUUCCCAGCGCUAUGCUAGUAGCUGUCAAUUUCACCAUCAUGGCUAUCUUUUUGUGGGUGAAGAGUGGCUACCCCCAAUCAACUAAUUCGAAGACACCUUCCACGGUUGAGGCUGAGGAGAAAACCUCGCAAUUAAACUCAAGUCAAAAAGGGAAUGCAAAAGUCAUUACUGCCGAGGAAAGCUCGGCUGUAAGGGAGAGAGAACUCCUUCUCCCCCUGGCAGUUGUAGCUGGGUCUCAGUUCCUCGGCGUACUGCCUCUCUAUAUCUUCAACCACACCCCUCAAAAUAUGCUCACACCAGUGUUCGUAUCUUUCGCAGUGGCUAACAAUGCACUGCCAUACAUCCUCUCUCGCACCCUAACACAUCUCUUCAACCCCACAACCCAGCAGUAUCAACUCAUAAAAUCCUUCUCGCUCCUCCUCCUGGGGCUCUUUCUCUCCUCCCUCGCAACCCUCAAUUUCUCCUUAGCAUUCCUAGUCGGCCUUCUUGCCACACCUCUUACCUACAUAUACCCCACAUCCUCAACCUCCGCCCUAAGCUAUGUUCUCAAAGCAGUCCUCGCGCUAGUGCUAAGUGUGAUCGCACCUACAGCGGUGCUGGUUGCAGCUAGCUGGUCCUGGGGAUUGAGUAUAGAAAAGGUGCUGACCCAGGCAGCCUACGGGUGGGAUGUCUGGGGUAUGAAUACGCAAGUUGUGGUGUGGUGUGUUUGGUGGCCUGCUUGGAUUGUCGGGGGGGUUUUACUGUUUGGGAGGCCACGUGAAGAGACUACGAAAUUGAAUGAGCGUGGGCAAGAAAGCAAAGCUGUAAUUUAGGAUGUAUAAAUAGCGAGUUUAAAGCAAGAGGUCUCCUUGAGUAAACCCAUGUAAGAGGAGUAAACCACUUCCAAAUUUUUGCAACGUUGGUAGAUUAGAGAACAGCCUGAUGGGCUCUCAGAGCUACGGCGGAGUCAAAACGCAGAACGAGAACGAGCUCUCGAACGAUGCC